UCUGUUUCAAUUAAAGGUGCAUUCCGCUUCCAGUUCUUCUUCAUUUUUCAGGCAAUUAAGUUAGCACGGGUACCGAAAACUGUUUUUUUUUAUCGUAAAAGCGUUUCUUUUUCAUCGGAUCUUUUGAUGAUGUAUUUUUGAUACUUGGUUUUACGUCAUUGGUUUUGCAUGCAUUACCACAAUUGAUUCGUUAUUUGUAUUUAACCAUUCAAUUUAACACUGACUCUUGAUUUUGUAUUAGCUUUAGACCCGUUCCUACCAAUGUCGCUGAACUUUAAUCGUAGUUUAACUCACUCUUCGUCUCUUUCUAAGGCGGGUGGUUAGAAAGAGACGAAGAGUGAGUUAAACUACAGUUAAAGUUAAGCGACAUUAGUAAACAUGGACCUUAGUAUCUUGACCUGCUCUUCUGUAUUUGCGCAACUUGUUCCGAUCGCUUUAUCGUGGGUAAUCAAUAAACGAAGCGUAAAAUAACUUCUCAAGGUAAAUGAGCUUAUUACGAAUGAUUAAUGAAUUAUUGACCUGCUCAAAAUAUACUUUUCUCGCAUUAUCAACUUAUGAACCUUGAUGUCAUCCUAUAAAAAGCAAGCAAGUUUAAUCGAAAAUUGCAUUCAACCGCCACCGUUUAUCCCAAUAACACGUAACUGAUAACAGACGCGUCUCAUCGAUAUGGCCAAGCUGUUGCUCAUCUUCGCCUUGGCGACCUUUUACCUCGAGGGAAUUCACGGACAUGGGAUGCUCAUGGAACCCGUUAAUAGAGGAAGCGCUUGGAGAAAGGGCUUCAACACACCCGUCAACUACGAUGAUGAUGGAAAUUACUGCGGCGGCUUAUUUGUGCAAAUAAAGAAUGGCGGUAAAUGCGGUCUCUGUGGAGAUGAUUACAAGAUUCCACCACCCAGAGCGAAUGAAAAUGGUGGAUUAUAUGGAACCGGUACUAUCGUUCAAACUUACAAGGCAGGACAAAUGAUCGAACUGGUGGGCAGGAUCACUGCGAAUCACAUGGGCUACAUGCGGUACUCCAUCUGCCCCCUGAAACACGGCAAAGAGCUGGAAACAGAGGAGUGCUUCGCCAAGUACAUGUUGAAAAUGGCAGACGGUACUGACAGAUACGUGUUACCGAGCCAUGAGACAGGAGACUACAAAAUGAGCGCCUAUCUGCCUCAGGGCCUUACUUGCGAACAUUGUGUACUCAGAUGGGAAUACACUGCUGGAAACAACUGGGGUAAAUGUGAAGAUGGCACACACAAGAUGGGUUGCGGACCUCAAGAAACCUUCAAGAGUUGCUCGGAUAUUCGAAUUGUUGCUUAAUCAUAUCUUAACAAAAAGACUGUAUCAGCACAUGUAUACGUACAUAUCGCUUUGUUCGAUGUAUUUUAUAAAAGUAAAAUUUUAAUAACUUAUGUAACAAUAAAAUGAUGUAAAUUGAUGUCUAUGAUGUCUGUCAAUUUAUUAAACAAAAUUAUAAAAGU